AUGGCAGCCCUUCCAAAAAGAAUCAUCAAAGAGACAGAAAGAUUGGUAAGCGACCCAGUGCCUGGUAUCACGGCAGAACCACACGAAGAUAACUUACGCUACUUCCAAGUGACCAUAGAGGGCCCCCAACAAAGCCCAUACGAAAACGGUAUCUUCAAGCUCGAAUUAUUCUUGCCCGAUGAUUAUCCAAUGGAAGCUCCAAAGGUAAGGUUCUUGACCAAGAUAUACCACCCAAACAUCGACAGAUUGGGCAGAAUAUGUCUCGACGUGUUAAAAAACAACUGGUCCCCGGCUUUACAGAUCAGAACCGUUCUUUUGUCCGUCCAGGCCUUGCUUGCGUCCCCGAAUCCGAACGACCCUCUAGCCAAUGACGUGGCUGAGGAGUGGAUCAAACACGAAGAUAGCGCGAUUGCAAAGGCAAAAGAAUGGACCAAACUAUACGCAACGCCAACUGAAACCGCAGGCGAAGCAUCAUCCGACUGA